AUGCCAGUAUCAGCACAAGUACAGCUGAUGGAAACAGAAAUUUUUAAAAAUAUCGAACACCAAUUAAUGGAUGUAGAAUAUGAUGAUCAAAACAUUGAAUACCAAUCAGAAGACGUGAUUGCCAAAUCUUCAACAAAGAACUUAAAAAAGACAUCUGAUAGUAAAGCUCAGCCAGUUAAGAAGAAACAACAAUGCGCUUCUCCAAAAGAAAUUCAAUCAGUAAUGACCAGAUAUGAUCUAAUACUCAAGAACAAUGUUCAGGAAAUUACUUUAUACAACAUCCCUUCCACUUGGACUCAACUCGAACUUCUUCAACAUCUUGAGAAAUGGGGUUACGUGAUCGCUUUCAAGACUAAACGUUAA